AUGUACUUGAGCCGCCGAUCGCUUGCAGGGCUCAUUGUGGGAGCAGUGGUGAUAAUUUUUUUUUCACACAUUAAUUCUUAUGUGAUGACAAUUAAAAAGAACGUUUUUAAUGUGUACAGAAGCAGCAGUUUUUUAGUGGAGAUUUCCAACGAUAAUGUCAUCGAUAGAGUGCGGAAGGAGAAACCAGCCUGCAUACAUCCAGAACUGGAUGUCGAUGAUCAUGUCAUGAUGGCUUUCUAUAAGAAACUACCAAAAGUUGUGUGCAAGGGAGAAAAAAACUGGGUGUUCGUAGACAAUGGUACCCUUCGGUUUUCUGAAGAGGCCAAAAAGAUUCACAAGGAUUUCCAUUGUGAUUAUUACCCUUUAAUACGUGGACCCGGAGAUUAUCAGAUCUCUUUUUCCGACCCUAUGAAAGACAUUAAAGAUGGUGCGAAUUUGACAUCCGACUUUUUUAAAAUAAUUUGCGUGGACACAAAUAAUAACACAUAUGAAAACAUACAUGCUGGCAUUCAUCUUAAUUUGACUAUCAAAGAACGUCUAAAAAUUGUCAAACCGCCAGCCAAUGGAUUAGGUCUGUCUAUUGCGUUUCUGGGUUUUGAUUCCAUGUCCAGGAUGUCUUGGUUACGACGUAUGCCUUUAACCAGAGAUUAUCUCGUCAACGAACUCAAAGCUAUAGAAUUCCAAGGCUAUAAUAUCAUGGGCGAUGGAACGCCAGCCGCCCUGCUACCAAUUCUCACAGGAAAACACGAGCAGGAGCUCCCUGAACAUGGUUACGUCACAUCAUGGGCGGAUGCACAAAUCCAAAUCGCGCCUUUUAACUAUCGACUCCUGGGCUUUGAGCACUCUCCAGUGGACUAUUUCAUGAGACCCUUCUAUCUAGCUGUCGACCCACUGUACCCCAAGUAUUCGCCGGACUGCCAUGCAUCGGAACCCAUGCACAUGCUUUGGUUUAACUGGAUACGAGACAUAUUCAACAUGUAUAAAGACGACCCGAAGUUCCUGUUCCAUUUCUACACACCUCUGAGUCAUGAUGACAACAAUAAAAUAACUACGGCUGACGAGGAUUUGAAGACUUUUAUUCAAUAUCUGGAAAUGGGCGGAUUUCUGAAUAACACCUUGCUUCUUAUAAUGGCAGAUCAUGGUGCCCGUUUUGCCGACGUUAGACGCACUUUGAGCGGCAAGCUGGAAGAAAGACUACCCUACGUUAGCUUGCGCUUUCCACCCUGGUUUGAGACCAAGUACCCGGAAAUAAUAAAAAAUAUGAGAACCAACGUCAACCGUCUGACUACAGCUUUCGAUUUGCAUGAAACUUUCAAAGAUGUUCUGAAGUUCGAUGGUGCUGGAAUGGGCGACAUAAAGAACAGAGGCAUAAGUUUGUUUAAAGAAAUCCCUAAAUCACGUACCUGCGCCGAUGCGGAUGUGGCUGCUCAUUGGUGUGCUUGUCUAUCUUGGCAAAACGUGCCGCAGACAGAUCCUGACGCUAAACGAGCUCUUCAGACAGCCUUGGAUACGUUGAACAACUUUACGCAAGAAUACAGAUCGGACUGUGCCUUGCUGAGUGUCGGCAAUGUCACAAUGUUAUCGAAGCUCUUCACAAGCGACGAUGUGCUCAAGUUCAAGGAAACAGCAGGUGACCGAGGGUUAGAGCCCAUUAUGUCAGCCGAGACAGCCAGAGACAAGGUCAUUUACCAGCUGACGUUUUUCACCGAGCCUGGACACGGAGAGUUUGAAAUUACCUUAGAACAUUUGAUUGCCACAGAGAGUAUGUCUGUUAAUCCUAAAUCCAUUAGUCGGAUCAAUAAAUACGGCAACGAUCCUGCCUGUAUACUAGACAAGAACCGUGAGAUUAGACAAUAUUGCUACUGCAAAAAUAAUUUAUCGUAA